ACAGUUUUAAAUUUCCGCAAGCCGAUGUUUGGUUUGUAAAACAAUAAUAUUAAUUGUUGAAAUAUUUUGUGCUCACCUUGUCGCGAUAAAUACAUAUUGUUUCAAAUCUGGAUGAAGAUACAAUGAUAGCCGCAUCUGAGCCGCUGGAGUUCAUCCCGCACGGCAGGACCGUGCUAGAGAAGCACCCGGGUCAGGUCUACGGCAGAGGUCAUAAUUCUUCAGUGAUGGAGAACUCGUUGCUCUACAAGUUGACCAACUUCGCCAUUAAGGAUGAGAGCCUGCUGGAGGCCAGGGAAGAGGAGGAGGAGUGGUGGUGCAUAAGGGAGGUUUAUUACAGGAGUUUUGAGGAUGUGGAGGACGAAGAACCACAGAACAAAAGCUCUAAAUAUGACUACAAUUCAGAAUCAUUCCGGCCACCAAGCCGUCUCAAGCAUGACUUCAAUAUUUCCAUCAAGUCGGAAUUGUUGUCUAGCAUGAAGAAGCUAGAUGGAGAUGGAAUUAACUCUGCAGGACCAUCCAGAGGAGGUAGCGCUAACAGUUCCAGUAACUUGUCCAAGAAAUUCAAUCUAAAUUCAUCACGGAAGAUAUCAAGGAAUAAACCGUUCAAUCCAAAGACUGAUAGUUCUUAUGAGGAAGAGUUGUAUGUCAAAGGAUGUACUGCUGUAUGGUCGAAAGGUUUACUCUCAACACCAGCUACAAAACUCGCAAACUCUGAACAAAGAGAAACAAUAAGCUGCUACACAUUAGAGAACCCGAUAAAACACGCCACCUUCUGCAAUUUCCAAGUCGACGUCAACAACACUAUGCUCAUUGACGCUUUGAACUCUCAAAUAGGAGAUGUAAAAAAGAAUAUAAAAAUAGAAGAUACUACAGAGCAUAUUCGAACUGAGACAAUGCCUUCGAUAGUACUAGUGGAUAGUAAAUGUAUGAGAGUGUUCGCCAAAGACGGCCAGGAAUAUAUAACCAACAUACCAUUUCAAGUGAAGAAGGUAUGGCCUAUGAAAUAUGGUCUAUUCUUGGAGAAAGAAGCCACUCCAAUACUACAGAAUUCUAUACAUAAUUCGUUUAUGAAAUUGAAUGAAUCUCACAACAGUACUUUUUCGAAGUCCAAAACAAAUCUGUUUAACAUGAGUGCUAAGUUACGGGCCGAGUCUGUGUCGGGUUAUGACCAUGAUAUACCAUUACCGACAUGUUUUAGUCUAACCCAUCCAUUAGACGAAGUCAUUCCGAUAUUAAUAAAAUCGCCAGCACUUGGACUUCAGUAUUAUAAUGAUGGAGAUGUUCAGAUUAUUUAUGUGAAUGCAAAUCCAAGUAUUAUUUUACUGUAUGAUUGGAAACUGGGCACACAUUCCCUGUGGAAGAUACGAAAAGCGACGCGAGAUGAGUGUUUAGCUAUGUGUCCUAAUAUGAACUCGACAACCACAGUUUUCAGCCAAUCAUAUGACUAUAUAGGAAGUCCUAUGCACAGUCAUCGGAACACAACAAAUUGGACUGGCUUAGGAAGUCCUUUUCAGUCUAGGAGAGCUCCUAAUACCCCAACAGCGUCCCGGUCUAGACUGAACAGUCCCAUGGCCAACUUAUUCCACCAGCAAGGGAUGUCUCCGCACGCAUCCAUUGGUCAGGCAUCCUGUACCUCCAUGAUGGCUAACACUCUACCUCAGACGCCGCCAACUCUCCCUCUAUACCCUGAUAUAUGCCUAGAUCAUAUCUGGACAGACACCAUGGUGAUCAAAAGGGAUCCGUUGGACACUCCAAAUGAUACAAAGACAUUCCUCCACACAGACCUGGUUGGUCACGAUUAUCUAUGCUUCAUAGUGAGGGUGGCUGGAGUGAGCAAACUGCAGAUACUGAGGCUUCAGAAAUCUCAUUCUCAAGGGCAUAAUUCUAAGAUCAAUUUGAUAGUUGGUACAGUUUCAACGGUGCUAGCUAAGGAUGCGGUAGUGUUGGAUCAUUUGAAGAUGAUAGCAUUGAUUGAUGAAUCUGGGAAUAUUAUACUCCAGUCUGGGAAUUGUGUAGUUGGGAAGGUGCACGUGUGCGGCGUGCUGGCGCGGCUGCUGUCGCCGGCGCCGUUCCCGCGCCGCAGCAGCGUGCUGCCGGCGCACGACCACGCCGCGCGCGCCGCCCUCGACGACUCCGCGCUGCACCUGCUGUCGCCCGUGCCCAGCCUCGCGCACGACCGCAUGCGACACAAGGACGCCGUGGUUCCGUCAGGUCUGACUGGUCUGUUGGACGCGGCCGGGUCGCGACUCACGCUGCAGUUCGACUCGAACCUCAUGUACCGUAUAUCUCUCCCUGCACUGUCCCGCUCCACGCUGGUGACUCGCUGUCACACUGCCCUCACAGCAAUACUCCCCAAGGACGUCACUAUGCAGGUUAUAAUAAAGUGGUAUGGAGUUCGCAACGCGCCCGGCACGCAGGAUCUCACUCCUGAGCAGGAAUGGUCAAUGUUCACAAAUCUUUUGUUCUCUCUCAUCGGGUACGAUGUGGAGCGCCUGCACAGCACCAACAACGACGACCAAGGUGAAGUGGAAGUGGUCAGCAAGAAGCAACGGACCUCCAGCGACGGAACGUCAGACGACUGGGAAUACCUCCUCAACUCCAAACUGCAUAAGGCGAUCGGCAACUCCCUAGCAAACAUUCUCAACUUGCCUACAGUAAACAUCGAUAACAAACAUCGAUACAUCGAGAAAAAUAUCGAUACUGACAAGCCAGCACAGUUUAACACUAAUGCAUUACUAUUCCCGUACAUAUUACACGUGUUGUUCUCUUUCCAUUUAGUGUACGAAGAGAUUAAAUUGAACACGUUAUUGUUCGAUGAUUUGAAGCCUUUAUCGAUAUUUUUGUAUCAACUAUCGAAAGAUUUGAAGUUGGAAAGCUAUGUGAACCACUACUGGCUGGACUUUCCGACUGAGUUCUGUUUGGAUUACGAUGAUUAUGAGUCUCAGAUGACUGAUGGUGUAUUGGAGAAGUUGUCUGAACCCACGUACUUCAGUAGAGAGCCACCAAAUAUAUUUAGCUACUUAAACUCCAUGCUGAAGGACGUUGACGUUGGAUACUAUCCCUAUUUGACCGAUGUUAAUAAUAUGUCCAAGGAUCUUAUUGAGGUGUUGCCGCUGGUGGGCGUGGGCGCGUGCGCGGGCGUGUGGCGCGUGUGCCGCCGCGCCUGGCAGUGCGCCGCCAGCACGCCGCGCGCGCCGCGCGCCGCGCACGCGCCCGCACACUGCCAGGCCGUGCAGGCGCUCUGCGACAUCGGCAUGACCCCCCGGGACGUGGACAACCUCCCCCCGGCCAUAGGGUUGCUCCUGCUCACGAUAUUCAGCCGCUGCAAGGCCGAGCCGCCCGUGGACUGGCCCGUGGAAGCGUACAACCUGGUGAUGCGCGAAGACCUGGCGCUGCAGGCGGAAAUCGCUGAGAGCAUCAAGUCUACGUCCGAUUACAUGGAGUCUCUAGCCCAGGAGUCGAUGGAGAAAGAAACCCCAUACACGCUUAUAGAGAACCCAAGAGAGGAGGCGUCGCAGAGCAAAGCUGAAGACGACACCAGCACCGGCAUGGAGAUCCUCAACACCAAGCUGCUGCGACUGCUGUACCCCAGGGAUCAUAGAAUGACGGAGGUGAUAAAUCUCCUGCAGUCUUCGAAGCCGGUGGUAAUGAACUUGACGCAGCGGCCGGAGGUGUCAGACCAUGACUUCAUAGAGGAGCAGGAGAAGUACAUGUAUGCCGUGGGAACUAGGACUAUGGCGUUGCCUAUAGCUAGAGGCAUGGUGACGCUGCGCGCGGCGGCGGGCGCGGCGGGCGCGGGCGCGUGUCCGCGGCUGCAGGCGUGGGCGCGCGGCGCGGAGGGGAGCGCGCGGAGUGGGGCAGGCGGCGCGGCGGCGUGGCCGAGCUUCCACAACGGCGCCGCCGCCGGGCUCGCGCUCGUGCCGCCGCACGCCGCCUGGCUGCUCUACAACCGGCCCGCGGGCACAGCGGAGAUGUCGAUCGAGCAUGCCGGCUUCCUCAUGGCGCUCGGCCUCAACGGACAUCUCCGCGACAUGCCCUUCAUGAACAUCUACGAAUACCUGGUCAAGUGCCACGAGAUGAUCAGUGUAGGACUGCUUUUGGGACUUGCAGCUACUUAUAGAGGUACAAUGGACGUGCAAGCGACGAAGAUGAUGAGCAUUCACCUGGAGCCGCUGCUGCCGCCCACCUCCAUCGAGCUGGACAUCCAGCAGAACAUCCUGGUGGCGGCGCUGCUCGGCGUGGGGCUCAUAUACCAGGGCACCGCCAACCUGCACUACGCGCAGGUGUUGCUCAACGAGAUUGGCAAGCCGGCGGGCGUGGAGGCGGAGACGUGGGUGGAGCGCGAGUCGUACGCGCUGGCGGCGGGGCUGGCGCUGGGGGCUGGUGGGCGCGGGCGCGGCCGCGCGCCUGCCGCCGCGCCUGCUGCGGCGCCUGCGCACCUACAUGUGCGGCUCCGGCCUGCCGCCGCGCGCGCGUACGCACACCCGCACCUUACUAUCUCCUUCCUCGUGGACUUCACUCUUACAUUCAUUGACCCGCCCUGGUACCUUCAGGGGAAGGGUUCAGUCUUCCCGUUGUUCCCCGCGUACGAAAAAUCGACCACCAUUGGUUGGAUUCACAUCUCGCACCACCAGCAUCAGCAGUUUUUUAACGCCCACAGCAUCAGGGUCACCACUGCCUACGAGCUGGACUAUGUGCGACCUGACCUGCUGAUGCUGAGGAUUAUCGCUAGAGGUCUAGUGCUAUGGGACAGUAUAGAAGCGAGCGAGGAGUGGAUCGACGACCAAGUGCCAGAGACAAUAAAGCCUUACAUCUUCACCAAGCCCACAGAGGACAACGUCGACUACGAAGCUAUGAACCAGGCGUACUGCAACAUAGUGGCGGGCGCGUGCUUCGCGCUGGGGCUGCGGUUCGCGGGCUCGGGCGACGAGGACGCGCGCGACGCCGUGCUGCAGCGCGCCUGCGCCUUCGCCACGCUCGCCGCGCGCCCGCUCGCCGACCUCGCCGGCCGCUCCACGCUCGAGACCUGUCUCUGCGUGUGCCUGCUCGCCGCCGCCAUGAUCAUGUGCGGGCGCGGCGACGUGUCGGUGCUGCGCGUGUGCCGGCGCGUGCGCGCGCGCCUGGCCGCGCCCGGCGCCGCCGCCGCGCACCCGCACGCACUCACGCACGGGGGACAGAUGGCGGUGGCGAGCGCGAUCGGUCUGCUGUUCCUGGGCGGCGGACGGGCGACGCUGAGCCGCGGGUCGGCGGCGGUGGCGGCGCUGCUGGCCGCCUUCUUCCCCAAGUUCCCCACACACAGCGAGGACAACAGAUAUCACUUACAAGCGUUCCGGCAUCUGUACGUGCUGGCCGUAGAACCCAGGUUAAUACUGCCUCGAGACCUGGACACGGGGAAGCUAUGUUAUGCGCAUAUACAGGUGGUAGACCUGGAAGGCGCGGUGCGGCAGAUGAAGGCGCCCUGCAUCAUCCCGGAGCUGGACUCGCUGCGGGAGGUGAAGAUCAACGACCCGCGCUACUGGCCCAUCACAUUCCAGAGGGAUCGCAAUUGGGAUCAGUUGAAAGUAUUCCUGGAGUACACUUGGUGCAUCGACGUGAAGCAGCGCGCCGGAUGCCUCUCAUACCUCGACGACCCUCAGGGGUUCCUCUCGAUAUUGGCCCAAACACUCACCCUAGACAAAGCAAACACUUGGUCAGUCUCACCGGAGAACAUUGAGCUCUUCACCAACGAUGAUAAAGUUAGAAACUUCGUGCGACACUACUUGGCCAAAGAGAUUGGAACAAACAUUUGUGCCGAUUGUCUGGUGAUUGGGAAGAAAAGGAAGGGUGUUAAAAACGAGCCGGUGAUGCAGAAGCAAUGCCAGUGCAGGAAGUACAGCAAGGAGGAGCAGGAAUACGUGCAGUCGUUGAGCAUGGUGACGUACGAGUGUCUGGUCAAAGAUAUCCUCUGCGCUUUGCCUAUAUGGACCACGUUUUUGAAGAUAAUCAAAACAAUGAAGACGGAUCCGUCCACUUAUCACAUAUGGCAAGUUAAACUACUUCUCUCCCAGAUAGAGAACCACAGUAAACGCGCUCACAGCGAAAUGAAAGUCGACGGACAAGAUCUCAACAACGAGCCGUUAAUAUCGAGCGAGUUCACGCUUGCCAUCAAGCAAAAAGUGUCAAACAUUCUUGACAGUUGGGAGCUGAAACUGACGCCGUACUUACGGAAAUAUUUGGGCUUGCCGAGCAGCAGAAAGUUUGACUCAUGCGAUGACACGUUAAAGAAGAUCUUGACUGCGUUCUUAGUGUUCCACGACUUGCCUAGAGGCGUCCUGAAGGAUGUCAUAGGGGAUGACGUGUCAGGUCUCCUGGGCCUGGACAGCAAUUUGUCGGUGGAGGCUGUGAGCAAGAUAGAGGCGUUGGUGAGAUGAUCGCGGUGUAUGACCCGCGGCUACGUCACGCGGUCGCGGUGCAAGCUCGACUGUGUCCAUGACUGGUGCUAGGGCUAAGUGAACUAAAGUACUCUGUACUAAGUACUCUGUAAAUGCACUGUUAAUUUUAAGAUUUAAAGCUGGGUUGUACAACUUAACUAAAUACAUUUAAAACCAGGUUCUGUCACUUAAGAGUUGACAAAGACAGCACUAUAAUAAGAAUAUAUUUAGCAAUAAUCGUAUUUAGUGAGUCGUGCUAAAAUUUUAUGUAAAAUGAUCCUGUUUAUACAUUUACUUGGUAAUUAUUGGAGUGCUACACAAUAUGAUACGCUGGCAACUUUGUAAAACAACGUGAAACGACGUUGAUGGACGGAUAAUAUAGACGUUAUAAAUAUUAUACUAAUUGUUGUGUAAAUAAAAUUGAAAGAUAUCGCCUGUAAAACAUAAAAACAACUCAGUGAAAAAUAAAUUUAACUGCUCAAACAUUUUACUGUUAUUGUCAGUGACUACAUACUAUGAUUCAGAAUAUAAGUUAAUUAAAUUAUUGUAUUAAUCACAAGUAUAAAGUAAUUCUGUUAUUAAAUCCGAGCUCAGCGUGUAAACUAGAGGUUACCAAACCAUUUUUCAUCAUAGACCCUUAUCAAAAUUUUGCUGGUGCGGGAGGACCCCCUGUUCGUGGACCCUCGCUUACGAAUUGUGUACCCCUAUUUUUUGAUCACACCAACGUAGACCUACGUCGAGUCUCCCGUGGACCCUGGGGGUCUACCUGGACCACUCUGGGAAUCAUUGGUGUAAACCAUUACAUAAUUCUACUGUAAUUCUACUAGUUAAGAUAUCAUAGUGCCUAAGUCUCAAUUCAGUAUCUAUAGAUAGUUACACAUUAUAGUCUGUAAUUUAUUAUUUGCUUUAAAAUGGUAGUUGUUUUGACUUAACUGUCUAACAUUUUAACUUUAUAUUAAAGUUAAGUAUUUAUCUACACUGUCAAUUGAAUUACAAAUUAUAAGAGUUAGUAGAACUUUGCACAUUUCGAACUAUACAAUGUUUUUUUUUAUUUAUCCAAAGUAUAUCAUAUUCGUGUAAUAUUAAACCAUUUAAAACUAUUCGCUUAUCUGUACCCACUGUUUUUAGUAAAUAUAGGACCACACAUGUUGCAGCGAGCAAAAUUAUUGAGAGUAGUAAACUAUUUCUCUGUUUUUUACUUGUGUAGUAAUUGCAGUGAUGUGACUUAUCUAAGAUACAAGUAUUUGAAAUACAGAUACAAGAUACAAAAUACGUAUUUUCAUCUUGUAUCUAAAAUACUUUUUUUAGAAAGGAUUUUGUAUCUUGUAUUUAAAUACUUUUGUUUAGUAUCUUAGUAUUUUAUAAAUACUUUUUCUGAUAAAAUACUUUAGAAAAAGUAGAGAUUAUUUGGUGUCGUUUAUAAAAUAAAUGCGUAGAACUGACCGAGCCGUUCUUGGACACUAUACUUGAGGAAAAAUUAAUAGAUAGCGACUCUUUCUUUCUACAAAUUUCACCGGCUGUUAUGAAUAGUUAUGAUUGAUUUGAAAUCAGUUAUUUUUCGUUUACUUUUGUGAAAUUGGAGAUCGUAAAUAUGGAAACGUAAGCUUUAUUUUAUUCAGCUACUUUAUCUGUUUCUAUACUAUAUACUUCCUUUCGAUCCGAUCCGUUUUUUUGAAGUGGGUACCAAAAGAGCGUAAAGAAUAUGUAAAAGAACUUAUACUGACUGAAACACAAAAAAUAAAUUGAUCUGAAAAAACAA